AUGACCACUUCUUCGCACCCGCACUUCGAACACGACGACGUCCUGGAUCUAGCCGGGUACGGGCUCACUGACCUGCAUCCGGCCAGCAGCAAUGCCCUCGGCCUCAGCCCCACCAGCAGCAUCAUGGCACAGUUCCCCGGCUUCGACAGGGCCUUUGCGCAUACGCCCAACCAGGGAUACCCGGCUGACCCCGUCCACGUCCACAGAGGCAGCGUGGGCGGCGUGAGCGAGGACAACAUGAGUGGCGCUGGCAGUGUCCACCCGCGCGGUCUGAGCACUGGCGGCAGCCCAGGCGUGUUGGCGCAAGAAGCGCGUACCACCAGCCCUGAGACUGCGCCUGCAAUGGGCAUGUUGGCUAUUGGCGACAUGCACAACGCCCCGGUGCAAGGUCUAAAACUGGAAGGGAACGAAAGCGCAACUCUCGCCGCCGCGGCGAAGCGCGCCAAAGACAGCGAACAAGACACGCCGCAGUGGAGCGAGAUGAAGACCAAAGCCGGCAAGGAAAGGAAGAGGCUGCCGCUUGCCUGUAUUGCCUGCAGAAGAAAGAAGAUACGCUGCUCGGGCGAGAAGCCGGCUUGCAAGCACUGCGUGAGGAGCAGGAUACCGUGCGUGUACAAGGUCACGACCAGAAAAGCGGCGCCUAGGACAGACUAUAUGGCUAUGCUGGACAAGCGCUUGAAGCGCAUGGAGGAUCGCGUCAUCAAGCUCAUACCAAAGGAAAGCCUGCCUUCGGUGGCGAACGUGGGCAGGUCAGUUGUCAAGCCUGCGAUACCUGGUGCACCGCCCAAGACGCCAGCAACUAAGAAGCGCGCCGCAGAAGAAGCUUUCGGCAACGAACUGGACGAGUGGGCAAGGUCAAAGGGCCGCGACACAGAGGCAACAGCGAUGGCCUCAACAUCCAAAGAAUCAGACGAGAACAAGCUGCUUACAGAAGGUGCGGACAGUUUACCAUCCAAGGAGAUCCAGGAACAUCUCGCCGAGGUCUACUUCGACUACGUAUACGGCCAAAGCUAUCCACUGCUACACAAACCGAGUUUUAUGCGGCGAUUGAACACAGGCAAAGUGCCACCAGUUCUCAUCCUGGCCAUGUGCGCCAUCUCAGCGCGCUUCUCAACACAUCCACAACUGCGGACCGAACCAUGUUUCUUGCGCGGCGACGAUUGGGCGCAGAAAGCAAGAGAGAUUGCGCUGAAGCGGUAUGAUUCGCCAAAUAUUACGAUUCUAAUAGUCUACCUGUUGCUUGGUCUGCAUGAGUUCGGCACAUGUCAGGGCGGACGAAGCUGGAUGUUCGGUGGCAUGGCGCAAAGGAUGGCAUACGCUUUACAGCUGCACAAGGAGAACGAGUACGACCCACUGGUAAACGACCCAGAGAAAAAGCCGCUCAGCGCGACGGAUCGGGAGAUUCGGAGGAGAACGAUGUGGUCGUGCUUUUUGAUGGAUCGUUUCAACUCUUCUGGCACAGAUCGGCCGCUGUUUGUGCACGAGCAGUACAUUGAAGUGCAGUUGCCGAUCAAGGAGCACCUUUACGUUCACGAAAUUCAUGCACCGACGGAGAACUUAGAAGGCGUUGUGCCGAACCCAUUGCCGCCUGACAGCGGACAUCUAGCAAAUCCACGCGAGAACAUGGGCGUUACGGCGUAUACUGUUCGAUUGGUGUGUGUUUGGGGGAAGCUGAUCAAGUACAUAAACCUUGGUGGCAAAGAGCGAGAACCGAAGCCGAUGUGGUCGCCAGACUCGACGUUUCACGCUAUCAAGAAGGAAGCUAUGGAAUUUAAGGACUCCUUACCUGAGAUGCUCGUUUACACCCCGGAGAACCUCAAGAGCCACGCCAUCGGCAAGACGGCGAACUCGUUUUUAUAUCUGCACAUAUUAUGGCAACAGGUCAUGCUGUUCAUGCACCGAUUCGCGCUCCCUUCGACAGCAGAUAGCCGACCUCCGAAAGACAUGCCACACGACUUCCUGACAGGCUCCGCGCGCGCAGCCCUCGAAUCUGCGAAUCAAAUCUCCAUCCUCAUCAACGAAGCUAUGGACCACAACGUCGUCGCUCCCUUUGCUGGAUACUCUGCUUUCUUCUCUUCUACCGUUCAUGUGCAUGGUGUGUUCUCGAAGAAUGCAAAGCUCGAAGCACAAUCGAAGAAGUACCUGGCUUACAACGUUAAAUAUCUGACAAAGAUGAAGAAAUACUGGGGCAUGUUCCAAUACAUUGCUGAAACUUUGAAGGAUCUGUACCGACAGCAUGCCGAUGCCCAAAUGAAAGGGCCGGGAGCAAGCGGCGACCAGAAGGGCCGAAGCAGUAUCUUCCAGUACGGUGACUGGUUCGACAGAUACCCUCACGGUGUUUCGAAGACAGACUACGAAGAUGCUGCCGAGUCGAAAGCCAACGAGCCUGGUACGGAUGCUGUACUUGGCGAGAAAAGCGAUCUACAGAGCGUCGAAGAGUUCUUUGCAUCGCUCUCUCCACCUUCCCGAACCGAUCAACGCAAACAAGCGCGGAAGAACAAGCUGAAAUCUGUUCCCAAAGCUGCAGCAAGUGCUGCAGAAGCACCCAAGCCACAACGUCAGAACAGCACCAGAACUCAACCACUCGCGCCCUCACACCUCCAGCAUCAACAACCGAUAGCACACAUCGCUAUCGCCAAUGAAGCAGUCAUGUCCACACCACCGGCCACUAGCUUCGACCCCUCCGCCUACUUUCCAACGCACUCACAACCACAAUCCACUUCGCAACAAUUCAUCGCCGAAUUCGCCGGCCCACAUACCCUUUUGCAAAGCGGCACCUCACCCUCCCUCCCGCACAUGCCGCACCUUCAAACCGGCCACACGCACUCGCAGAACCACAUGGACAUGUCGCCCUUCCCCGACCUGUCCGCCGACUUCAGUGCAUCAUUUUGGAACCUGGAAGGUAUGGUCAUGGGGAACAAUAAUAUCUUCAAUCCAAUGAGCAGUUACUUUGUCCCAUUCAAUGUUGAGCCGCCGAACACGAUGGGUGGUGGGGGCGAUGGUGCAUUUGACAGUCAGAGUGGUGCAGAUUAUGGAUUUGGGCUGGGGCAAGGGCUGAACAUUGAUUUGAACAUGAUGGAUGACGGGCGGGAUGUAGAUGGACAGGGAAGAAGAGGCACUGGGACUGGUAUAGAUUUGGAGGGCUUCGAUGGGACGAGCUGA